UUGCUACCGCCACACCGAUAACCUUCGCCGAUGCCCCUUUUUUCGUACGGGAGUUCAAGCGAUUUAUAAACGAAAGGCGAUCGCGCAGCGAUCUCAGUCCGGAAAGGCUCGCGUAGUUCGGUAGAUUGGAAGUUAUGUUCCUGUUGGUGAUCGUCACGUUGAUCGCGUUGUUGGCGCUGUACGAGUGGUAUUUGCGGCAACGUGAUGGAUACCGUGCUGCUCGGGAGUACCCCGGUGGAACGAUGUUUCCGGUGUUGGGGAAUCUACUGGAAGUGUUGAUCAAGGAUACGGUGCAGACGUUUAACUAUGCGCGAACGAAUGCCCUGAAGUAUGGGCGAUCGUAUCGGCAGUGGAUAUUCGGAAGCGUGAUACUGAAUGUGAUUAGAGUUCGCGAAGCGGAGCCAAUUCUGUCCAGCACGAAGCACACCCGGAAGAGCAUACUGUAUCGGUUCUUGGAGCCGUUGAUGGGCGAUGGGCUGCUGUGUAGCAAGGGUAGCAAGUGGCAGGCGCGACGGAGGAUAUUGACCCCGGCAUUCCAUUUCAGCAUCCUGAACGACUUUCUGCAGGUGUUCCAGGAGGAGGCGGAAAAGUUGAUGACGUUGCUGAAUGGUCCUGCCGAUUCAGGAGAAGAGGUCGUGCUGCAGUCGAUCGUUACCAGGUUCACGCUGAACACUAUCUGUGAAACGGCGAUGGGUGUUAAGCUGGAUUCGUACAAUGGAGCAGAUACGUAUCGAUCGCAGGUGUAUGACGUGGGUGAAAGGAUCGUUCACAGAACGAUGACUCCGUGGUUGUACGAUGAUGGGGUCUACAACCUACUGGGGUAUCAGAAGCCUUUGGAAGAUGCAAUAGAACCAAUUCAUGACUUCACCCGAAGCAUAAUCCGACAGAAGCGUGAGCAGUUGAUACAAGAUUCGACGAUCUCCAACGUGCCUGUAGAUGGAAUAUACGGAUCGAAGCAACGGUACGCCAUGUUGAACACUCUGUUGAUGGCCGAAGCAAGCGGUGGUAUAGAUGAAGAAGGCAUACGCGAAGAAGUGGACACCUUUAUGUUCGAAGGACAUGACACAACGGCAGCCGGAUUGAUCUUCUCGAUUCUGUUGCUGGCGACAGAGCAGGAAGCUCAACAACGUGUUUACAAUGAACUUUUGGAAGCUCGUAGUACCAAAUCAGAGGCUGAUGCUUUCACCAUAGCAGAUUACAACAACCUGAAGUACUUGGAUCGAUUCGUAAAGGAAGUACUUCGGUUGUAUCCUCCAGUAUCGUUCAUCUCGCGGUAUCUGUCUGGACCAUUGGAAGUUGAUUCAACGACCUUUCCGCACGGUACCAUCGCACACAUACACAUCUACGAUCUGCAUCGUGAUCCGGAUCAGUUUCCCGACCCGGAGCGGUUUGAUCCCGACAGGUUCCUGCCGGAAGUCUCCGCCAAGAGGAAUCCAUACGCAUACGUACCGUUCAGCGCAGGUCCUAGGAACUGUAUCGGACAGAAAUACGCUCUGCUAGAGAUGAAAACCGUACUCUGCGCUCUGCUGAUCAACUAUCACAUUCUGCCGGUGACUACGCGGCAAGAGGUGAUCUUCAUGGCAGAUCUGGUACUGCGGGCAAAGACGCCGAUCAAGGUUCGAUUCGCUAAGCGAAAGACGAAUACAAAGUGUAAAAUGGAUUUCUCGGCAAGUUGGUGGUUUGCUGUGCUACUAAUCAUAAUAGUUCUUCUAGUGUAUGAGGUAAUUGACAAAAAUGGGCGUAUAUUUCGGGCAAUCAACAAAUUUCCAGGGCCUCCAUGUUUGCCACUCAUCGGAAAUCUGAGUGAGAUUCUCUUCAUGGAUCAAGCGACGACCUGGCAAUGGGCCCGCAAGUGGCCCAAGCGAUACGGAGGAACCUAUCGGUUCUGGUUCAAUAGCUCACUGUACGUGCUGAAUGUGAUCCGGGUUCGCGAAGCCGAGCCAAUCCUGUCCAGCACCAAGCACAUUGACAAGAGUGAAUUCUACAAAUUUCUACAUCCCUUUUUGGGCCUGGGUUUGCUCAACAGUACCGGAUCCAAGUGGAUGCACCGUCGACGAAUUCUAACGCCUUCAUUCCACUUCAACAUACUGAACGGGUUCCAUCGUACAUUUGUGGAAGAAUGCGAUCAACUGAUGAUCACACUUGGUGAACACGUUGACAAAGGUGUAGCAACGGCCUUACAACCCGUCAUGUCCAAGUUCACACUGAAUACCAUCUGCGAAACCUCUAUGGGAGUGAAGUUAUCCACGGUAUCGGGAGCAGACGUAUACCUCACGAAGCUUUAUGAAAUCGGUGAAGUCUUGGCUUACCGUUUGACGCGACCAUGGUUGCUGAGCGACUUCAUCUGUCGGUUAACAGGUUAUAAAGCUGCCUUAGAUAAGCUGCUUCUUCCAGUUCAUUCCUUUACGACAGGCAUCAUCAACAAGAAAAGAGAACAGUUCCUGGCGGAAUAUAAGGAACAUACCGGUGAGCUAACCGAAGAAAAUAUUUAUCUCAACCCGAAGAAGCGAUACGCUAUGCUGGAUACGCUACUUCUCGCCGAACAGAAUCAACUCAUCGACGAAGCAGGUAUUCGCGAGGAAGUGGACACGUUCGCCUACGAGGGUCACGAUACCACGGCAGCUGCCCUGAUCUUCAUCUUUUUCACUCUGGCACGUGAACAAGCAGUCCAAGAUCGAAUCUUCUCUGAAAUCUUACACAUCUACAACAAUAAACCCCAAUCGAAUCGAGCAUUCACACCGCAAGACUACACCGAGAUGAAGUUUCUGGACCGGGCACUGAAGGAAUGUCUUCGCCUGUGGCCACCGGUGACCUUCAUAUCGCGGAGCAUUUCGGAGGAUAUCGUCCUCGACGACGGCAACCUUAUCCCGGCAGGUUGUGUUGCGAACAUUUUCAUUAUGGAUAUGCACCGGGAUCCGGAGCAGUUUCCCGAUCCGGAUCGAUUCGACGCGGACCGGUUCCUACCGGAGGAGGUUGACCGGAGAAAUCCGUACGCCUAUGUGCCGUUCAGUGCGGGACCGAGAAACUGUAUCGGGCAGAAGUACGCCAUGAUGGAGCUCAAGGUUGUGGUGGUGAAUGCACUGCUGAGGUUCCGAGUUCUUCCGGUGACCCGACUGGAGGAGAUCAACUUUGUGGCGGACUUGGUCCUAAGGAGCACCAACCCGAUUGAGGUUAGGUUUGAGAGGAGGUAGUUAGAAGUGGUGUGGAUCAGUGACAACGUGAUAACGUCUGGAGGAAAUUUCUCUAAGGUAAAAGUUUGGCGGAAUCUCGAAAAACAAAAUGUCUUAUAACUUCAAAAAUAAAUAGGAAAAUAUGAAAAAUAAAAAAGCUA